UCGGUGCGGCCGGCGCUGGAGGUGGGAGACCGCGUCGAGGUCAGCGUCGGUCUCGUUCUGGCGCAGCUCAUCAGCCUGAACGAGAAGGAUGAAGAGAUGAGCACAAAGGUGUACUUGGACCUGGAGUGGACGGACUACAGGCUGAGCUGGGACCCCGCGGAGCACGACGGCAUCGACCUGCUGCGCGUCACCGCGGCGUCCGUAUGGCUGCCGGACGUGGUGCUGCUGAACAACAACGACGGCAACUUCGACGUCGCUCUGGACAUUGACGUCGUGGUGUCGCCCGACGGCUCCGUGCGCUGGCAGCCCCCAGGCAUCUACCGCAGCAGCUGCAGCAUCCAGGUCACCUACUUCCCCUUCGACUGGCAGAACUGCACCAUGGUGUUCAGUUCCUACAGCUACGACAGCUCCGAGGUCAGCCUGCACACGGGCCUGGGCCCUGACGGGCAGGAGCGGCAGGAAAUCUACAUUCACGAAGGGACCUUCAUUGAGAAUGGGCAGUGGGAGAUCAUCCACAAGCCCUCCCGGCUGAUUCAGCUUCCUGGGGACCCCAAGGGAGGGAGGGAAGGCCAGCGCCAGGAGGUCGUCUUCUACCUCAUCAUCCGCCGGAAGCCUCUCUUCUAUCUGGUCAACGUCAUUGCCCCGUGCAUCCUCAUCACCGUCCUGGCCAUCUUUGUCUUCUACCUGCCGCCAGACGCAGGAGAGAAGAUGGGGCUGUCGAUCUUUGCCCUGCUGACCCUUACCGUGUUCCUGCUGCUGCUGGCCGACAAAGUGCCUGAGACCUCCCUCUCGGUCCCCAUCAUUAUCAAGUACCUCAUGUUCACCAUGAUCCUCGUUACCUUCUCCGUCAUCCUUAGUGUCGUGGUCCUCAACCUGCACCACCGUUCACCUCACACCCACCAAAUGCCCCUCUGGGUCCGUCAGAUCUUCAUCCACAAGCUCCCUCUCUGUCUGGGUCUGAAGAGGCCCAAACCUGAGAGAGACCAGAUGCCGGAGCCCCCUCAUUCUUCUCCUCCAGGAAUUGGCUGGGGUCGGGGAACAGAUGAAUAUUUCAUCCGGAAGCCACCGAAUGAUUUUCUCUUCCCUAAACCCAACAGGUUCCAGCCUGAACAGACAGCUGCCUUGGACCUACGGCGAUUUAUCGACGGUCCCAACCGGACUGUGGGCCUGCCUCCCGAGCUGCGGGACGUGGUUUCCUCCAUCAGCUACAUCGCUCGCCAGCUGCAGGAACAGGAGGACCACGACGCGCUGAAGGAGGAUUGGCAGUUUGUGGCCAUGGUAGUGGACCGCCUCUUCCUGUGGACCUUCAUCAUCUUCACAAGCGUGGGGACCCUGGUCAUCUUCCUGGACGCCACCUACCACUUGCCCCCGGCCGACCCCUUUCCUUGAGGACGGCUGAGCCGAGUUCGGUGGUUCUCUCCAGCGCCGCCAUCCUCUGCCUCCAGGUUCCCCUGCUUCGGAGGGAGCUGGGGUGGGUCUGAGGGCUGGGCAGUGGGCUGCUUUAGUCUUUGGGUUCUUUGGGAAAUCAGCAAGUAGAACAAAGAACAAGAACUAGAUUGUAAGCCUCGUGAGGGCAAGAAAUGUGUCUUGUUCACCGCAAUAUGCCCAGCAUCAGGUCCUGACCAAGUGCUUACAACUUGUUGAAUGAAUAGGAGGGAAAAUUCUAGAAGGAAAUACACCCGUCAGUAUUUUUUACGUUUGCAUGUUGGGACUGUUGGUCAUUUUGUUGUUGUUAUUGUUUUAAGCUUUUCUGUAAUGUAUUUUGUUUUGUAAUGAAUAUUGUCUUUAGGAUGAAAAAAAUAUUUUUAAAAGGGGUGGGGGGAACAUUUAAAAGACCUCUAUUAAAGUUCCAGCUUUGAUGCAAGACCCUGGGCAACCCACUAAACUUUGUACCUGUAAAACGAGCUAAAUAAUAGUGUAUGCUUCGGGGGGCUGCCCGAGGCUCGUAUGAGAUGAAAACAAAAGCAGAUUCAGUAUAUAGCAGAGGUUGCAAACUGGUGUGUUUUGUUUGGUCCAUGUUGUUGGCCUGCACAUUUUAAAAUCUGGAUAUUUCACAAAGAAAUUUAGAUUUCUGGCUUCUCUUGAAAAGAUUUGUUUUAAAACUAUAAUAAAAUUGGCAUGGGCAUUGUGCUAUAAGAGGUUAAGUUGCUGCUUGGGGUGCCUGCAUCCCAUAUCAGAGUGCCUGGGAUUGAGCCCUGCCUUUACUUCCAAUCCAGCUCCCUGCUAAUGCACACCUUGGGAGGCAGCAGAUGAUGGUUCAAGUACUUGGGCCCCUGACACCCACAUGGGAGACCCAGAUGGAAUUUCUGGCUCCUGGCUUAUGGCCUGGCCCAGUCUUGGCUCUUGUAUUUGGGCAGUGAACCACCACUUGGAAGAUUUUUGUCUUUCUUAUAGUUCUACCUUUCAAAAGAAGAAAAAAAAGAUAUAUAGUGUUGCUUGGCCUGGGUCCCCUGUUGGAAGCCACUUACUAGAGCUGGCUAAUGGGUGCUCACUCUGGUCAGGGCCCCCGCUUUCGGUGCCCGCAUCCCAUAUCAGAGUGCUGGUUUGAGUCCCAUAUGCUCUGCUUCCGCUCCAGCUUCCUGCUAGUGCGUCCUGGGAGGCAGUGGAUGAUGGCUCAAGUGCCUGCCACCCCUGUGGGAGACCUGGGUAGAGCUCUGGGCUCCUGGCUUUGACCUGAUCCAGCCCUGGCUAUUGCAGGCAUGUGAACCAUGGAUAGAAGUUUCUCUGUCUCUCGCAUUCUGCCUUUUAAGUAGAUAGAACAUAAAAAUAUAAA